AUGAGAAAGCCUAUCGGACUCACAUUGGAUUUCUUGGACAUACAAUAAUCACAAAAGGAGUAGACACCAAAAGUGUAAUAGAUCGACACAUUUGAAGAAUUUUGCAGCUAAAUUCCAGAAAAUCAAUAAUAAUAAGAAUUAAACUUCUCAAAACAAUCUUAAUCCUUCCAUUCUUAAUAAAUUAAAACCAACAAUUAGGAAGAGUCAAUCUGUUCUGAAUUUAAGCAAUCAAUAAUAAAUUAGGAAAAGGAGAAUUCAUAAAUCCAAUAUAUUGUUUUUGAAGAGUUUCAUCCCCAAAGCACUAUCAUCUCUGGUCAAUCUGAAUCCAUAAGAAAUUCGGAAAAACAAUUACAAGAGAAAAAUACCGAUCUUAUAAAGGAACCUCCUGCACCAUCAAACAAAAACAAUACCAAAUUCAGUUUCCCAUAAAAAGGAACUGGAUUCACAGGAUUAAAAAAAUAACUUCAAAUUGCCAUUCCUGAAGCAGAUCACACAAACACUAGUUCUUAUGAGUAGACUAUGAUCAAACAAUAACUAAAAUAAAAUUAAAUGAAUAAUGCUGCAGAUAUGGAAUUAAAAUAAUAAAUAUUUACAUUGCAGAGAGAUAAAGAAUAAAUUAAAAAUUAAUACAAGUUAGAGAUAAUUGAUUUAAAUGCCAAAAUACAGGAACUUUAAUAAAAAUUAGAUAUUGAAUAGGCCAAUUCAUUGCAAUUAAAAUAAGAAAAUGAAAAAUUGUAACUAAAAAUCUAAUCGUUUGAACACCAAUACUCAAUUAAUAUAGAUAAGAAUCAAAGUGAAUAAUUUAGCAUAAGUUAUUAGAAUAAACUAACAGAUAACGAAAAGAUCUAAUAUCUAGUUGAAAAACUAAAUCAAAAAUCUGCAAUCAACGCCAAAUUGCAGUAUGAAAUCUUCAAAUUGCAAAAUAAUAUUGAACUAUUAUAAACCAAAUAAAUUGUGCAAUCUUAUAAUAUCAAUUAAAUAUCGGACUAUGAAUAAAUAUCAGACAGCCACUCACCUCCUUAAUUUGCAUCAAAUCCUCCUCUGAAUAAUUAUAAAAAUAGAGAAAGCAACAAAGCUAGUGUAUUGAUGCAAUAAAAACAAGCCUUGCUCAACUUAAGUGCUAACCAAGCCUAAUUGGAUUAAAAAAAGGAGAUUAAUUUGUAAUUAAACAUUUUUGAAUUAUAUAGAUCUAACAUGAUAUCCCCAUAGGCUAAAACUUGCAAAGCUUCUACUACUAUUCAUAAAAAUCUAACUACUCAUCAAACAAAAAAUACGUAAUUCAAAGAAGACACCCUCCAACACCUUAGAAAAAUGCAUACGAAAAACUCAACUUCGGUUGGAGAAUUAAAUACUUUUAAGCAAGAUUUAACUAAUUGUUCAAAUAUUUUACAAAAGAUAAUGAGGAAGGAUUCAACUCAAUCUCCAGAUAAACCUAUUCAAGCAACGUAGAAAUUCAAGGAGGCUCUCAAUUCUAAGUUACAAAAUGUUCCAGAUAAACAUAAGUCCUAUGCCAGUUUACUAUUUUCUUUGGGAGAUUUUAACAAACCUAGAAUUCAGGAUGCUUAUAUUCGUUAGAAUUCACCACACAUCAAUGAAGACAUUCAAUUCAAAUCAAGACAAAUAUUUGCUUAUCAACCUCAUUAAAAUUCUAGAAAGUAGUCUGAAACCAUAAAAUCAGAGGAAUCACACAAGAUGAGCACUGAACAACCAAAGUAUUAUGACAAAUAUGAAUACUCAAACUAUCAAAGAAAAGAUAUUCUACAACUGAUGAGAGAUAUUAAAAGUCAAAAACUUGGAAGUAAGAUAAUCAUCACUUAUUAUUAGUAUCUGCCAAAAUCAAUUACAAAAAGAAUCAUCCAAAGUAUGAAAAGCAGUAUAAUCUAUGUUAGUAUAAGGGGACUUAUUUCUGAAGGUUUAAGUGCUAGAUCAAAUAAUUGUGAUUGA